AUAGAAGUGGAGAUGUCUACGAAACGUGCUUGUGACGCCUGUCACCGAAGGAAGAUACGUUGUGCGGGAGGCCAGCCAUGCUGGAACUGCGGACAUGCCUCAUUGUCCUGUACGUACAACGCUAUCCCUCAGAAGAAGGGACCCAAAGGAAAUCGGGCGAAGGUCAUAUCUGAGUUGAGAGAGACAAAACUGCGAGAUCAUGCAAAUACUGGAGGUUAUGUGGACGGCUUCGAUACCGUAACACCACCACUUUCGCCACCAUCUUCGCAUAAAUCGGAGAUCAUUGACCAGCAGCUUGUAAGCAGGUGUAUUGAAAGCUUCUUUAUCCAUCUAUAUCCUACAAUUCCGAUAUUUGAGAAGGGAGCUUUGCUGAACAGGGCGAAGAAUAUGUCCACAUCUAUCGAUAACUACUGUCUCAUGACAUCUCUUUGCGCCUUUGUGCUAACUCAGCCAGGGCACAGAGUGAACGUUAGUGACUUUUCAGGAGGCUCUCGGUUAACGUCUCAUGAUCUCGGUAAAGCUACAUUUGAAGAAGCCAUUCGGAUACGAAAAUUAAGCUCGUUCAUCGAGCGCCCAAAUUCCGAUGCAGUUGUAACCGCUUACUUGCUUUUCGGUUGCUGUUUCUACUUGGAUAAACAUAGUACUGCAUGGUUCUACCUCAGGGAAGCUGCCACUCUAGCGGAGAUUAUUGGUAUGGAUGAAGAAUCGUAUUACUUGUCGACAGAUACAACCGCAGGGAUAAGGGAAAGGAGAUUGUUUUGGGUGAUAUUCAUAACCGAAAGAUCGUACGCACUUCAAAAGCAUCGAAGCCUCACAUUGCAUCCUAAGCUGACACUCCCGACAUUAUAUGAAGACUCGAACGACUUUUCCGCUAUAUCUGCUUUAACUCAGCGUGUGAAUCUCUUUCGUCCCCUUGACGAUGAUUUUGUCGGGCUCUGGAACAAAACGAAGACUACCUGCACGGCACAGUGGCUGGUCCAACUACAACAGCAAUUGACGGAUGUCUUACCAGAGAAACUAGCUGGAACAGAGUCUCAAGUUGCAGACCUUAAAACCACUCAGCAAUGGCUCCACAUAGUUAUCUGGCGUGUCUCGAUGGCCAGUGGCUUCUUAUCAUCUACGUCUCCCCACCCAGCAAUGAGAUUCACUUAUCCGGUUGAUAUUGCUCGGGAUCUCAUCGAAGGCACAUCAGAUAUUGCUCUACGAUCGAUGAGCAUUCACGGUAGUGCACUCACAGAAAAACUGUUCGAUAUCGCUUGCAGUUUAAUGGACGUCAUGGCAUGUACACCCGCAAAUCCUUCAACAGCAACCAUAGCUGUCGGGCCAAAAACGUACCUCAACCGUCUUUGCUCUCUUCUCUCGCGUCUUCCAGGAGGAUCCUCUCGAUAUUUACCUGUGCUACUCUCUCGCGUCGAUGAC